AUGCCAAUGUCUCGUGGAAAUGGGCAGCUGCGAUCAUGCGAGCCUUGUCGGAAGUCCAAACUUGGAUGCGACCACCAAAGUCCCAUCUGCGGUCGAUGCCGCUCUCAUGGCCAAGUCGAACGUUGCUUCUCUCAUUCUGCUCAGCUCACUGAGCUGCACGCACAGCCAUCCAGAGUAGUCUCGCACAGACCCCAGAAACGACAGCGCCCGGGCAAUCAGUUGGUAUUUCGUUUGGAUCGAAACAUUCCCAACACAGCCGCGCCAAGCCUGUCGCUCCCAGAUGAAGAAUAUACGCCACUCAGCCAGCAUAUUGCAAGAUGGGCUCCGACUGGAAAACAGAGUCUGGGACACAGGGUGCCAGGGCGGUUCUCUCCCCAAAGCAUCUUACCCAUCGAAGAAGCAGGUAACCCACCAACACUUACCUCACCAAGCGACAGCAGCCAGGUGUUGCUAGGAGUUGAGAUUCUAUCCCACCUGCAGAAAAUACGUUGGUUCUGCGAGAUCAUUGAAUUGAAGAACAAAGUAUCCCCGGGAUGGUUUCUCGGUCCUUCUAUAACUCGCGCCCUAUGUGAUUCUAUGGAGCGAAUGUAUGAUUGUGCGAUCCGCAGCUCACAGAGCACCCAUACAUCGCUGGCUACUUUGUCCCGACAAAUAUUUGUUAACACAUCGAACGAGGUUCAAACAUAUUCGACGAUAAAUGCGCCUGAAUAUUUUGAUUCGAUAACCGCGAGAUGGGAAACCAUUGGACUCGUCUUCGCCCUAUUGGGGACAGCACUGUUCCUUACACCCGAUGAUAAUCCGAUCUUCACACAUCGGAACCCAUGGAAUCUUGAUAAGUCCGAGCUCAGAAACAUAGCCAUCGCUGUUGGUGAGAUUUGCUGCCAAUUUUGCAAUAAUGCUAGGGCAACUAGCGAUCCAUUUUCCUGGCUUAUUACCCAGCAAAUAGUGCUCUUGACUAUGAUGUGUAACUAUAAUGACUAUAGAGUCUGGCAAAAGCUCGGAGAUCUAUCAACUACCGUCUACGCACUUUGCUUACAUCAAUCCGGUGGUUAUCUUGAAGAAAGAUUUCCGUUUUUCUUGGUUGAGAUCAGAAAGAGAGUCAUGGUUUGCGCAUACGCAAUUGAUAAGGAGCUAGCAACUUCUUUGGGACGUCCUCCUCGGAUCUGUUCUCGCUACUGUGCCAUCCCGCUCCCUUUGGAUAUAAGCUACGAGACUAUGGUACUCCCACGUUGUGAAGCGAAGAAAGCACUGCAAAAUCUCAAUGAAAAUGGCUGGAAUACUGAAGGAAAGCUGACCGUUGGCGUCAGGCUUCGGGUCAUAAAACUGAUAAGUUUGCUACGAGAAAGUAUCUUAGAAUUGUCUUUGGGUCCUAUAACUCAAGAUAUUCUAGCAAGAGCUGAGUUCGAAUCGCGCCGAACGCAACAGGAACUUCCAUCGUUUUUACGCUGGUGCCCAGAGGAAGCUACUGCGGGUGCCUACAGAUCUGCCAAAGACGAGGGUCGCGCUUUCACCCACCUAGAGUUUACCUACCAGGAAUUUCUGCUACAUCGAAUCUUGCUAAAGCGCAUUGGGAUAAGCUCAGAAGGUCUCAUUGAGAGCUCGUUGGAAAUACUUAUCACGCUAUCUGACAGGAUUGCGAUCCAGACCCGGCCAGCUCACUUGAUGACGAAUAUGUCGUGGGAUUUGUGUUACAUGGGCCUUCCUGCCGCAGGUAUUCUGACUUCGGCACUACUUUCGGAGAAUACUUCUCAGAUACCGAAUGUAUCAUUACUGUCGUUGCCUGCCAACUUCCGUUCGCUUACUAUCCAAAAGCUCAGUCUUUUUGUCUCUCAUCUGACCAUGCUGGUAUCGCCGCACCAAGGAAUAUAUGAGAUUGCCCAGCAAGGAGCGAGAUUUAUUCGACGGGUUCUCGAUCGAAUUGAGUCUACAUAUCUCCAGCCGGCCUCGUCGUUGCCAGAUAUUGAACUACCUGAAAGCUGGCUUGAAAACUGUGAUUUAGACGGUGAACUCGAUUUUAUGGCCUGGUUCGACAACAUUCAGUGGUCUCAGGAGGCUUUGUUAAACUUCACUUGA